GGCCGGACACCAGCCGCCUGGUGGAGGCCGUCUGCAGCCAGCUCUGUCGCCUGCAUCCCGCAGCGACACGUGUCGGAGGGAUCAUGAGGAGCCGGUGGUCCCUCAUCCACAGCGACACGUGUCAGAGGGAUCAUGAGGAGCCGGUGGUCCCUCAUCCACAGCGACUACGUGUCAGAGGGAUCAUGAGGAGCCGGUGGUCCCUCAUCCACAGCGACUACGUGUCGAUACAGGAGACAGUGCUGGCGAGCCCGAGGCUGAUGGCUCAGACCUCCAUCCAGCUGUUCGAGUUGAACCAGCGGACCAUCUCCCAGUGGUUCACUCGUCGGCAGAAGCGGUGGGAGAGGUCUGUGCUGGAGCAGGGAGUCGCCAUCGUUCCUGCUCCAGCUGUGGCGGACCGACCCCUGCUUCCUGCCAAGGAGCUGUCCGUGGUGCUGGUGGGGCAAGGACGGCCCUUUCAAUACCACCUCCCUGAGGAGCAGCCUGGGCCGUCCACCAGGAGUCUCCCUCCUCCAGCUCCUCCUCAAGCUCCACCUCAGGGUCCUCAGCCUCCUUCAGCUCCUCCUCCUCUACCCCCAAAUCAGGCUGUGCUGCCCACGCUUGCCGCCACCUCCUCUGCUCAGUUGCCUCCUCCUCCUCCAGUUGUGCCCAGGACAACGGCGUACAGGAGGAGGAAGGCGGCGGAGGCUGCUGCAGCAGGGGUGGUGGCACCACCUAGGAAACAGCACAAAAUAUACAUGUGCAGCAAGUGUGGGCAGCCAAAAAGACUGGACACUGGGCACACCAGGAUCGGCGGUGUGUCCUACUGCGCCACAGUUGGGGGUAAGAGUGUGGAGGAAUGGAGGAAGGACUUUAAAAAAGAAUAAUGUUAUUAUUAUUAUUAUUAUAAAUAUAAUAAUAAUAA